AUGUCUCCUACCGCAACCGCUUCUCAGGAUGCUGAGGUGACGAUUGCGCUAACUAAACUCAAAGAUGCCGAUGCUAUGGCGGCCAUGGCUCAUAGAGGCAAGGCUCUCCCUGGCAUUCCCAAUUUUGAUUCAUAUGCCGAGAAACGCGAAUGGCAGCUACAACACAUGGCAGGUGCAUUUCGCGUUUUUGCUCGUGAGGGCUAUGCAGAAGGAAUUUCAGGACACAUCAGUGUGAGAGAUCCCGAGUUCGAGGAUCGGUUUUGGAUCAAUCCCCUUGGUGUGCACUUUGGAAUGUUAAAGGCGAGCGACAUGAUUUGUGUGACUAUCGAUGGCGACGUGGUGGGUGGAAAUAUGGCUGGGUCAAUCAAUGCUGCUGGGUUCCAGAUCCACAGUGCGGUGCAUAAAUCACGUAAAGACGUGCAUGCUAUAUGCCACACGCACUCGGUACACGGACGAGCUUGGUCAGCGUUUGCAAAGCCUCUCGAAAUGAUCAAUCAAGAUGUUUGCUAUUUCUACAAGGCCCACGCUGUGUACUCUGACUAUGGAGGCAUUGCAAAUGAGGCGUCUGAAGGCCAACGAAUCGCUGGAAGUUUGGGUGACGGAAAGGCUGUGAUCUUGAUGAACCACGGCCUCCUGACUGUAGGGGAGACUGUUGAUGAAGCAGCAUUCCUGUUCUGCCUCAUGGAAAGAAGCUGCAAAGCCCAACUGUUAGUCGACCGAACAGACCUCAAAAAGCAGAUUGUGAGCGAUGAAGAGGCAGCUUACAAUUUCAAGGUGGCAAGCACUCCAGAAACUCUCUUUGCUGAGUUUCAGCCGCAUCUGCGGUAUGAGGAAUAUCUUUGCAAAGGCGACUUCAAGUCUUAG